CGUUACUAGAUGCUACCACAAGAUGUCGAUACAGUCAAAAAACAGUUCAGAUACCGUUUACGCAUCUCAUUAUCAUUUGUAUGUUUUACAAUUUAUGUCGAACUCGCAUUAUAAAUCAGAAAUAGUUGUUGACAAUACAACGUAUUAAAAACGCGAUAAAAGCACUAAACGUGCCGUGAACGCGCAGUAUGUAAAUAUCGCAGGUAAACCCCUCCCACUCGUCCACAUCUGCUGAGGCGAAACACCUUCCUGCACUCCGAUUGGACAGCGCGUGUCUUCACUCGCAGGCUCCGCCCACAGCACAGCGGAUUGCUCUCCUCCCACUGAUGAUGGCCUGUCCUAAACAUAAGACAAAUUUCACACACAAAGGGACGUAAAUACUAGGGUGUGCUCUGUAAGCGACCGUUCAUCCUUCAACUGGCUGCUCAACCGCUGACAAACAUGGUUUCUCCUGUCACUGUGGUCAAGAGCGAGGGUCCAAAGCUUGUUCCGUUCUUCAAAGCCACUUGCGUCUACUUUGUUCUGUGGCUGCCCACCUCAAGCCCCUCCUGGUUCAGUGCCCUCAUCAAGUGCCUGCCUAUCUUCUGUCUUUGGGUUUUUCUUCUCGCCCAUGGCAUCAGCUUUUUAGGUGCCCACUCCAGUGCCAGGAAAAUCCUGGCAGGACUUAUUUUUUCAGCCUUGGGUGACGCAUUUCUCAUCUGGCAAGAACAAGGCUACUUUAGUCAUGGACUGCUAAUGUUCGGCAUCACCCACAUUCUCUACUCUUCGGCCUUUGGAAUGAAGCCCCUCAACUUGAGAGCAGGUCUGAUCAUCGCUGUCAUCUCAGGCCUCAGCUACACCCUUCUGUACCCCUACCUCUCUGGUCCCUUCACCUACCUGGUAGCUGUUUACAUCGCUCUCAUCGGCUUUAUGGGCUGGAGGGCCAUCGCUGGAGUCCAGCUCACCAAUGACCUCUGGACCUGGACGAAACUGUCAGCCUGCCUCGGAGCUGUCCUCUUCAUGGUGUCCGACCUCACCAUUGCCGUCAACAAGUUCUGCUUCCCGGUUCCCCACUCCCGAGCCAUCAUAAUGGCCACCUACUAUGCUGCCCAGAUGUUGAUUGCACUGUCGGCUGUGGAAUGUCAAGACGUUGACGCGGCUCGGAAAAGAGUCUGAGGAACCACAUAUUAACCAACCUUCUCCUAAUGAUUCAUCAUCGUUAGCAGCUACACAUGCUCCACUUUCUGCAAUCCCAGGUCCAUCCACAGUUCCCCCAUCUGACCAUGAUCAGGAUAUAUUGGUUAUAGUUAAGGAAUUGCCCUUUUAGGAUCAUGUGAGACAAUACCAAUGGGAGUAUUCCAUGCUGGAUUAAUUUACAAGGUUAGAUAGUCUUGGAGUCUUAAGUCUACUGUCUUAGUCAGGUCUCUUUUCAUACUUACGAUACUGAAUUUGCUUUCAGUAGUAGUACCACCAUCCUUUUGGUAUUGAGAAAGGAAAAAUGGAUGAGUUUUGGCCUUCUGGUUACUAGUUUCAAAUACUAGUUCCCAACUUAAAGUACCCCACUUGCUUUCCCAUUAAGAGUUGCCUCCAUUUCGACUGAGACUAUCCCAGUGUCUUCUCAAUAUCUCUCAUAUCUUGUCCACUUCAGAGAGUCCCUGAUGGCUUAUAUUGCAAACAAAGGGGUGAGUCAUGAAGGACCAAUGUUUGUCAAACAAUACAAAGUAGUUCAGAUUCUUCUUAGGGGCCUGGCUUCCCUGUCUCACUGUAGAUUUUUCCAAAUCUAAUCAGAGAGCAGCAUGAAAGCCAUGUCACAAACUAAAGCAGAUAUAUUAACAUAAUGCUGCUGUACUGAAAUUCAAUGCACCAGUCCUUUUAAUAGUAUUGUGUGGUAUACCUUUUAAUGUGUCAUUGACACAUUAGUUUCAGUCACAGUCAUUUUGUUUCAUAACUUUGAGUUAGUACACAAAUCUUCAUGCCUGUAUGCAUAUGUGCUGGACAAGUUGUCUUGUCAAACCCAAUUGACUGCAACCACUGCUAGCAUUGUCUUUGGAAUUGAUGAAGCCUGUAUCCUACACUACGUUCUGAGGUGUGACCAUUACCAAGAGGAAAACACAGCACGAGACUUAUAAAAAGGGAUGUCGGUCUCUUUCUUUGAGGGGAUUCGGUGACAGUGUCUGUUCUGUUCUGUCUGUUGUCUUAGGUUCCUGCCAAGUCAGCAGUAUUGCUCAGCACCUUUACCACAAGGAAACAGUAAAUAAGUACAAGUUGAACUAUUUAUUUUUUUCUGUAUAGUAUCAGAUAAUGUUUAUAAAGAGGAUGCGAUGUUAGACAAUACACAUGUAGCAAGCUUCCAACCACUUUCCUUUGUCUAUUACCAGAAGGAAGCAUUUUACUCCUGUGGUGGCUGAAUAUACAUAUGUGUCGUCAGCUUUAAAUUUCAGCUGGUAUUUUAUUUUUAAGCCAGUAUUUUUUUUUUAUUCUCACUCUUUUCCCAAUUCAUUCACAUCCAAUCCUCCACCUGAAAAUGUGUGAAAAUUUCACAGCGUGUGAAUAUUUCACAGUGCAGCGUUCUCCUUUUUAUUGUGUGUGGUACUGUGCUUUUUUUAGAGUCACAUACAUAAGUCAUAUUUCACUACAAAAUUAAAAGUAUA